UCUGCUGUUUUCGUUGUUUCAGAAAUCAAUUUUUUGUGAUUAAUGCUCAUACUCUGAAUGCUGUUCUGUUUUGUUUUAAGUCUGUGUUUAGAAGAGGUGAUUGAUUUCUGAGUGUUGUUUUGUUUUUGUUUUAAAGCUGUGUGUUGUGUUUAAUUUUCAUUUUGUAGGAAAUUCUUUGAGGUAUAUAAGAAUUAAGAAAGAAGACUAUUUUAAUGGUAUUAUUCUGUUGAUUCUGGUAUGCUACAAGCUUGAACAUAGAAUUGAAGAGAAAAACCCUUUAUUAUUUUAUCAUUGGCCUAUUUUUGGCAUUGCAUAUCAUUGUAGUUUGUUUAUUCAUAGAACUAGUUGUUUAUGAUCCCCUUUUGAAGUUAAAAAAAUGCAGUAGAAGAGUGUUUAGAACCAGUUGCUUUAUUCAUUGAAUUUUUAUAGAAACAGGUGUUUAUUAUAAAACGGUUUUUUUGGUUGAACCGGUUGAACCAAUGAAUUAGUAAACCAGUAACUAAAGCGGUUUGAUGACCGGUCUGGUUUUCUGAACCUUGGGAUAAAUUUGACUAAAAAAAUUUUUUGGAGAUCAAAACUUAGAUGACGCAAUUUUUCUGGGAGCAAUUUGACCUAUUUCAUUUUAUAAUUGGUAGAGUUUAAAAAAAAAAAGGUCGCAACAAAUGACAGGGUCAUUGAGCAAAUAAGGACCCAGGGAGGACCUCCAUGCAAAUUGCAUUAACCUACCUACGAAACCAACAAAUCAGAAAAUAAGGAAAACAAAAGUUACAAAAUCACUGAGCGACGGCGGAGCGUAGAGGUUUGCGACGCACCAUUACAAUGGAAUUCGAACUCCCAAACAAGGCCUUAACCACCACGCGCUUUUCGGAGCUGAAUCCGCCGCUAUCAGAGAAGGUUCUCGAAGCUUUAUCGGAAUCCGGGUUCAACUUCUGCACGCCGGUUCAAGCCGCCACCAUUCCCUUGCUCUGCAGCUUCAAGGAUGUCGCCGUCGACGCCGCCACUGGUUCAGGCAAAACCCUAUCUUUUGUCGUCCCUCUCGUCGAGAUUCUUCGACGCUCCUCUUCUAACCCCAAGCCUCAUCAGGUACUAGGAAUAAUCAUAUCCCCCACAAGGGAGCUAUCACAUCAAAUAUAUCAUGUUGCACAACCUUUCAUUUCAACUUUAGCGAAUGUUAAGUCCAUCCUGCUUGUUGGUGGAGUUGAAGUGAAAUCAGACAUGAAGAAGAUAGAGGAAGAAGGCGCUAACAUACUAAUUGGCACACCUGGGCGGUUGUAUGACAUAAUGAACCGGAUGGAUUUCUUGGAUUUCAAAAACUUCGAGAUUUUGAUUUUAGACGAGGCUGAUAGACUCUUAGAUAUGGGAUUCCAGAAGCAGAUAACUUCCAUUAUAUCUCUUUUGCCUAAGCUUCGAAGAACUGGCCUGUUUUCUGCUACUCAAACUGAGGCUGUUGAAGAGCUUGCUAGAGCAGGAUUGAGAAAUCCUGUGAGGGUUGAAGUUCGGGCAGAGGCGAAACUUUUAAAUGCUCCUGCAGCAUCAAAACAACCUGAAUCUACAAAAACACCUUCUGGGCUUCAAAUUGAGUACUUGGAAUGUGAGGCAGAUAAGAAGCCAUCACAGCUAGUAGACAUCCUUAUUAAGAACCGCUCAAGAAAAGUUAUAAUAUAUUUCAUGACUUGUGCUUGUGUUGACUAUUGGGGAGUUGUCCUUCCACGCCUUUCUGUUUUGAAAGGCUUCUCCUUGGUUCCUCUUCAUGGAAAGAUGAAGCAGACUGUUAGGGAGAAAGCAUUAGCCUCCUUUACAUCCCUUUCAAAUGGAGUUCUGCUAUGUACAGAUGUUGCAGCACGUGGACUUGACAUACCAGGUGUAGAUUGUAUAGUGCAGUAUGAUCCUCCUCAAGAUCCAAAUGUUUUCAUACACAGAGUUGGUCGAACUGCUCGGCUGGGUAAACAAGGUCAUGCUGUUGUCUUCUUAUUGCCAAAGGAGGAGUCUUACGUAGAAUUCCUACGUAUAAGAAGAGUCCCUCUUCAAGAGAGAAAAUGCUCUGAUGAUGCACCUGAUGUUGUACCUCAGAUUCGUUCUGCUGCGAAAAAAGAUCGUGAUGUUAUGGAGAAAGGAGUCAGGGCAUUUGUUUCCUACAUCCGUGCAUACAAGGAGCAUCACUGUUCAUAUAUUUUUAGGUGGAAAGAACUUGAAAUUGGUAAAUUGGCCAUGGGACAUGGCUUAUUGCAACUUCCUCUAAUGCCAGAGGUAAAACAUCAUUCACUUUCUACCGAGGGAUUUGUACCAGUUGAUGAUAUCAAUUUGGAGGACAUUAAAUACAGAGAUAAAUCUCGUGAAAAGCAAAGGAAGAAAAACCUGCAAGCAAAGAAAGAAGCAAAAGAGAAGGAGAAAGAGGCAAAACCAGAAAAGCCAAGCAAAACUCCCAGUGCACCUACUGCCAUGAGGAAGAAAACAGCUCGACAGAGACGUGCUCAGCAGACAAUUGAAGAUGAGGAAGAGUUGAUGCAAGAUUACCGCUUGUUGAAGAAACUGAAGAAAGGGACUAUAGAUGAGAAUGAAUAUGCUAAGUUGACAGGCGCUGAGGAAUUACUCUGAAUACCAAUUUUGUGUGUUAUGGAAAGAAGUGUGUUUAGUUUAGUGAAAUAUUAGCUAGAAAAUUGCAGCAUCCCUUGAUGCCACAUUUUUUCUCUUGGCAUUCUCCGAAAGGUCUGGGAUUAAGACAUCUCUCGCUACUGAUGGCAUUGUCGCAUCGAGUCCAGAGAACUGAUUUCCAUUCUGCAGCUCAGAGAGUUGAAUUGACUCAAUGACUUCUGCAGCUGAUUAUACUGGGAAAGCAACGACAAAAUGCUUAAGUUUGGGGUAAGGCACAAUUUCUUCAAUGUGAAAAACAGGGCCUUUUAAAAAAUUACCAACACAAUAGUUGAUUUUACGACUUUUUUUGUUCAAUCUACCAUUUCUGUUAUUCUUUACUUAGGGUGCAUCAUCCAUGUAACUUUGAUUAGUUUGAUAGUGUCAGAGUCUGUAGAAGUGUAAAUUAUGUUCUAGUUAUUUGUUACGUUAAUCAACAGUCAUAAUAGAAUUUUGCCUUGUACUUAUUACUGAUAUUAAUUCAUUUAAGAUUUAAGCCCCUCACCUUCUUGGUGGUGAUUUACAUUUUA